AGCCGUGAGCUAUCGAGCCGACAUUGGGUUUGUUGGGGUCAUGGGAUACCCCUCCGGAAAAGGCAAGGCUGGCUUAGGAGCCUAUCCGCAAAUCGGUGUGAAUACCGAGCCGCUCCCACAACGUCAUGUGCCUCCUGCGGAGCAGCCAACCAAGGGGGAUGAUGACGAUUGGAAGUCACAGAUCCGCCGCCCGCCUCCAGAUCAGCGUUUCAAGACAGAAGACGUCACAAACACCAAGGGCAAUGAUUUCGAAGACUACUUUCUGAAGCGGGAAUUGCUGAUGGGCAUCUUUGAAAUGGGCUACGAAAAGCCCUCGCCCAUCCAAGAAGAAAGCCUACCUGUGGCACUGGCGGGCAAGUCCAUAUUGGCCAGAGCAAAGAAUGGAACCGGGAAGACCGGUGCAUUUGUGAUCCCCAUUCUCGAGAAGUGCAACACUACUAAGAAUGCAAUCCAGGGGUUGAUCCUUGUUCCGACGAGGGAAUUGGCAUUGCAAACAUCUUCAGUGGUGAAAGAAAUUGGGAAGCACAUGAACAUCCAGUGCAUGGUCUCCACAGGUGGAACAAGCCUACGAGAAGACAUCAUGCGACUGUACAAUGAAGUCCACAUAGUAGUGGCCACUCCUGGCCGUGUGCUUGACCUUGCCAACAAGAACGUGUGCAACCUGAAGCAAUGCCAUAUGGUAGCCAUGGAUGAAGCUGACAAGCUUUUGUGUCCUGAGUUUCAGCCAAUCAUUGAAGACCUUGUGAAGUUCUUGCCGCCAGAAAGGCAAAUCCUGAUGUAUUCUGCAACCUUCCCCAUGACGAUUUUGGAUUUUAAGAAUCGCUUCAUGGCGGAUGCCCAUGAGAUAAAUUUGAUGGAAGAACUGACACUGAAAGGUGUCUCUCAGUACUACGCUUUUGUGGAAGAACGCCAAAAGGUUCAUUGUCUCAACACUCUGUUCUCAAAGCUGCAGAUCAACCAGGCGAUCAUUUUUUGCAACUCUGUGACGCGCGUGGAGUUGCUGGCCAAGAAGAUUACGGAACUUGGAUACUCAUGCUUCUUCAUUCACUCGCGCAUGUACCAGUCUCACAGGAACCGAGUGUUUCAUGACUUCAGGAAUGGGGCGUGCCGGUGUUUGGUGUCCUCGGACCUGUUUACACGUGGCAUUGACAUCCAGUCCGUGAAUGUUGUGAUCAACUUUGAUUUUCCCAAGAACUCAGAGACCUAUUUGCAUCGUAUAGGGCGCUCAGGCCGUUUCGGUCACUUGGGCUUGGGCAUCAAUUUUGUGACCUAUGAUGACCGCUUCAACCUCUACCGCAUUGAGAAAGAGUUGGGCACCGAGAUCCAACCUAUCCCGCCGACCAUUGA